AUGAUUUCAAAUUCCUUACGUUCGCUUAGAACCAGCGCAUUGAAAGUUUCCACAAGAAACUAUGCUUUAUCAGCAUCAGCCCGUGCCCUCAUAUCCAAGCCAGUCGCUGAAGUCGAUCCAGAAAUGGCUGAAAUCUUGAGCCAAGAGAGAAUCAGACAAAAGAACUCCAUUACUUUAAUUCCUUCCGAAAAUUUCACUUCUAAGGCCGUCAUGGACUUGUUGGGAUCAGAGAUGCAAAACAAGUACUCCGAAGGUUACCCAGGUGAAAGAUACUACGGUGGUAACGAAAUCAUUGAUAAGGCAGAAUCUUUGUGUCAAAAGAGAGCUUUGGAAGCCUUCCAAUUGGACCCAAAGGAAUGGGGUGUUAACGUUCAACCAUUAUCUGGAGCACCAGCCAACUUGUACGCCUACUCUGCCAUCUUAGAAGUUGGUGACAGAAUCAUGGGUUUGGAUUUACCUCACGGUGGUCAUUUGUCCCACGGUUACCAAACCCCUACCACCAAGAUUUCAUACAUUUCUAAGUAUUUCCAGACCAUGCCUUACAGAUUGAACGAGGAAACCGGUAUUAUUGACUACGAUACCUUAGAAGCUAACGCUAUCCUUUUCAGACCUAAGGUAAUCGUUGCCGGUGCCUCAGCAUACUCGAGAGUCAUCGACUACGAAAGGAUGAGAAAGAUUGCUGACAAGGUUGGUGCCUACUUGUUGUCCGACAUGGCCCACAUCUCUGGUAUUGUCGCUGCUGGUUACACUCAGUCUCCAUUCCCAUAUUCCGACAUUGUCACCACCACUACCCACAAGUCCUUAAGAGGACCAAGAGGAGCCAUGAUCUUCUUCAGAAAGGGUAUUAGAAAAGUUACCAAGAAGGGUAAGGAAAUCCCAUACGAAUUGGAAAGUAAGAUCAACUUCUCAGUUUUCCCAGCUCAUCAAGGUGGUCCACACAACCACACCAUCUCUGCCUUGGCCGUUGCCUUAAAGCAAACCACUUCACCAGAGUACAAGGAAUACCAAAAGAAUGUCGUUGAAAAUGCCAAGACCUUUGCUACUGCUUUGGAAUCUAGAGGCUUUAAGAUGGUCUCUGGUGGUACCGACACUCAUUUAAUCUUGGUUGACUUGAGAUCCAAGAACAUUGACGGUGCUAGAGUAGAGGCUGUUUUAGAGAGAGCCAAUAUUGCCGCAAACAAGAACACUGUUCCAGGUGACAAAUCUGCCUUAUUCCCAUCUGGUUUAAGAGUUGGUACCCCUGCUAUGACCACCAGAGGUUUCGGUGCUGAAGAAUUCGACAAGUGUGCCGAAUACUUCCAAAGAGCCGUUGAAAUUUCUUUAGCCUUGAAGCAAAAGGAAACUGGUAAGAUUCCAAAAGAAUUAUUGGCUUCUUUCAAGAAGUUGGCUGACGAAAGUGAAGAAGUUAAGGCCUUGGCUAAUGAAGUCGCCACUUGGGUCGGUACUUACCCAGUUCCAGGUGAUCUCUAA